CACCAACGAUUAUUUUUCAUAAAAGAAGCGACAAAAAGACGUGGAGUUCUAGUAUGCCAAUCAUCUUGGCAUGGUGGGAGAGGUACUAAAACAGAAUGUUGUGAAAGUGUGUAUGUAGAGCUUUGGAGAUUCAUGUGAAGUCAUAUUUUGCUGGGAAAGGACCAAAAUGGAAGAUCAGCAGGAACAAGAGAGUACCGGCCGUGUGAGAGAUGGAAGAGGAAGCAGCAGGAAGGGAGAGGUGUGUGAAGAGUUGAGACAAUAUAUGUAUUGCAUAUUCUCUAAUUUUUGCUUUGCAGGAUACAACAUACUCUCCAAGAUCUAUCUCGACAAAGGCAUGAGUCGUUAUGUGCUUGUUGCCUACGGACACGCUUUUGGAACUCUUGCUACUGCUGUUUUCGUAUUUCUCUUCGAAAGGAACAAUAACAGCAAACUCAGCGUAGCGAUCUUAAGAAAUGUCUUCUUCUUGGGCCUCCUGGGAGCUGUGUUUGGGAGGACACUGUUUUACGCAGGGCUGGAAUACACUUCACCAGCUGUUGCAUCUGCGUUGGCCAACUUAAUUCCAUCAAUCACCUUUAUCCUAGCCGUUUUGUGUAGGAUGGAGAAAUUAGACAUUUCCAAGCGUAGUUCUCAAGCCAAGAUAUUGGGAACCAUUGUUGCCUUUGGUGGUGCAACACUGAUGACCUUAUACAAGGGUCUCCCUGUGCUUUCCUUUCAUAUUCAUGAUCACCCUGCAGCCACCACAUCAAGACUACUCUUGGACAAGGAUUUAAUUAAGGGCUCCUUGAUACUUGUGGUUUCAUACAUUUCACUGUCAGCAUUCUACAUCUUACAGACGAUUACAGUAAAGAUGUAUCCAGCACCAAUAACUCUCACGUCAUUAACCUGCCUAUCAGGUGCUAUUCUCUCCAUUAUCAUGACGGCAAUCUUGGAUCAUAAAGCCUCGUCCUGGAAGUUGUCAUGGAACAUCGCCCUUCUUGCUCCCAUCUAUAGUGGAGUUGUUAUAUUUGGGAUUACAGUUUAUGUUCAAACGUUGGUGGUAAGAAAAAAGGGUCCAGUUUUCAUGACAGCUUUUAGACCUUUGGCCAUAGUAAUUGUAGCCAUUAUGGGACUCUUCAUUUUGGGAGAUGUUUUAUACAUGGGAAGUAUUAUUGGAGCCACAUUGAUUGUUAUUGGUCUGUACGCCACUCUAUGGGGAAAAGAAAAGGAGAAAGCGGAGAUCAAGCUGUUCCAGCAAACCAUAUCUGAUCAUGACGAAGCUGCUGGUAUCGAAAUCAAACAUGAAAAAUAAUAUAUUAUGUAUUUAAAUUUAUUCAGUGAGAUCAUGUAUUAAUUAUUUAUAAUUAAAUCACUUAUAUGCAUAAAAUGAUGCUUUAGAUAGAGACUAUAUAUAGUUUUAUUUAUUCAAUAAUUAUAUAAGAUGUAACUUAAUUAAUUAAUUUAUCACUUAUAUCCU